UACAGCACUAGUCUGGCUGGAUGUCUGACUCAGCCACACAGGUUAUUUGGGAAUAUAUUUUAAACGCAUGUUUUAACUAAACAGACCAUAUAAUGCUCGCUCGUUCCUCUUGCUUUGGACAACGCGCAUCUUGUAUUUUGGGCGGUUUGGGGAAGUGCGACAGGAGAUUUUAAGGUCUUUAUCAAGAAGAUGAACAAGGCUCUUGCUCUGGCAUUUGAUCAAUAGACUGGCAAUGUCUAUGUUAAUAUCUUUCUGACCACACCUGCUAAUGGACUGAGAGGUUACUUCAAUAAAGGUUUCAUUUCUAUAUGUGGACUAGUGCCAACGCUGCAGAAAAGCCCAUCGUCCCGAUUCCAGGUCACUGUGUCCCUGAAUUUGUGCUACCACUGUCCUGCACCCUCGCCCGUCUGUUCACCCCUUGCUUUAUGGGGCUGUUUUUGCUUCCUCUGACCCUGUUUUGUAUCUUGCCACAGACUGCUAGAAUUCGCUUCAAAUAAAUUUGUACUUUUUAUGUAUGGAUCAAAUCUAGAACUGCGCAAUAACGGCCUCUGCCCAACAUACGGUACUGUUGGAGUUUUAACCCUUGCAAGAAACCCAGCUGAAUGUCAGUAAGCUCUCAGGAUUUAACCCAAGAACUUUCCAAGUGAGUUCGCACUCAGGAUUUAAACCAAGAACUUAUAUCCAGGUCAGUUUUAAACAAGCAUCAAACAUCACAGAGCUCAUGUAAAGAACAAAUCAUGAGCUCUGACAGUUUCCAGUACCGUGCACUGUUUGAGUACAAGCAGGAGAGGGGUGACGAUAUCUCCCUGCAGCCUGGAGAUCUCCUCACAGUCAGUAAGAUGGCACUGCUGACAUCCGAUUACCAGGAGGGUGAUGAGAAGUGCCCAAAAGGCUGGCUGCAUGGCACCAAUGAACGCACAAAGGAGAAGGGCAAGUUCCCCGGCACCUUUGUGGAGUAUGUUGGGGUCGUGAGGAUAGGCCUUACUUCAGGGAAGCCCUGGCCGAGACCUGUACCACCAACACCUGUAGGGCCCCAGCCCCCAGGGGCCGCUGCUUCAGAGGGCCCCUGUGGAAAGGGAGAUGUUGUGGAGCAGUGCGCUCUGCCUGACCAGACCCCAGCCGUGGUGCUCAGGCUGUCGGAGGCUCUAGAGAGGCUGGACUGGGAGAAUGAGCCACUGUACCGGUCUGGCCAGACCUCCACUGGAUCCCCAGAAUUAUUGCAGGCUUUGGAAACAGACCCAGCAGCGGUGGACUUUGAGCAAUAUGAACUGUCCACAUUGGCUGAUACACUUAAGAGUUACAUUCAGGACUUGCCCUGCCUGCUCAUCCCAGCUGUAGUGUACAGUGAGCUGGUCUACACUGCUCAGGAAACCCAAGGCAUGGAGGAGUGUGGACAGCAGCUGAAAAGAAUCCUUGACUCUCCCAGUGUCCCUCAGGCUAACCACCAGCUCCUGGUUCAUCUGACCCGACACCUAAGUAAGGUGGCCCAAAGUGGGGGAGCAGCUCAGGCAAGCCCUAGGCUUCUGGCUCUGGCCUACAGCGAGGCCAUCUUCAAAAACAACCACUUCAGUGCGGAUGUAAACCCAGAACAUCAUGUAAAGAUUAUUGAGGCACUUAUCAUGGUUGGAGGCCUAGUGGAGAUACAAGCUGCUCCAGCUCUUCCUCCCAAGCCAACAAAACCCAUGACACCAGUAAAUGGCAACGGUGUGAAAGAAGCCGCCAGCGGCUCAUUGCAAGAAGCAGAAUGGUACUGGGGAGACAUAUCAAGGGAAGAGGUGAACGACAAACUUAGAGACAUGCCCGAUGGUACUUUCCUGGUACGGGACGCCUCGACCAAGAUGCAGGGAGAUUACACACUAACACUAAGGAAAGGUGGAAACAAUAAGCUAAUAAAGAUCUACCACCGGGAUGGGAAGUACGGUUUCUCAGACCCGCUCACGUUCAGCUCAGUGGUGGAGCUCAUCAGUCACUACAGGCAUGAGUCACUGGCCCAGUACAACACCAAACUGGACGUAAAGCUCAUGUAUCCCGUCUCCCGCUACCAGCAGGUAAAUGGGUUUAGAUUGAGGGCGGGGGUAUCACAUUUACAGCAAUCCCUUCCUUUCCUUUUACCUCUAUCAGCGCACCUCCUAAAUAAUUGCACACAUCCACAAUGUCGAGGAGCGCUUUGGUCGGCAACCUUGAUCUGUGGGUUGACAAAUCGUUCUCGUUUCUUUUUCAGGAUCAUGAUGAACUACGAGAAGCUCAAAUCCCGUCUUGGCGAGAUUCACGACAGUAAGACCCGGCUUGAACAGGACCUUAAAACACAGGCUCUGGACAACAGGGAGACGGACAAGAAAAUGAACAGCUUAAAGCCAGAUCUCAUUCAGCUCAGAAAGAUUAGAGAUCAGUACCUUGUCUGGCUCAAUCAUAAAGGUGUUCGACAGAAACGAAUAAACGAUUGGCUGGGGAUCAAAAACGAGAACACGGAUGAUGCCUACUUCGUCAGUGAGGAGGAUGAGAAUCUGCCACACUACGAUGAGAAGAGCUGGUUUGUGGGGGACCUAAACCGAACGCAGGCUGAGGACUUGCUACACGGCAAACCCGAAGGAGCCUUCCUCAUCCGCGAGAGCAGCAAGAAGGGCUGUUAUGCCUGCUCUGUUGUUGUGGACGGCGAGGUGAAGCACUGCGUCAUCUACAGCACACCCCGCGGCUACGGUUUCGCUGAGCCCUACAACUUGUACAGCACUCUGAAAGAAUUGGUCCUGCACUAUCACCAGACCUCACUGGUCCAGCACAACGACUCGCUCAACGUGCGGCUGGCGUACCCAGUGUAUGCACAGAUGCCCUCAGGCCCUCGGAGAUGAAGACUCGCCCCCCCAAAAAAAAAAAAAAAAAAA